AUGGGCUUCGACGGGUCUAUGAUGAACGGCCUUCAGGGGCUGGACAGCUUCAUGAGUUAUUUCGGACAUCCCAAUGGCACAUGGCUCGGACUCAUGAACGGCGUCAUGUUUAUUGGAGGUGUAAUCCUCGCAUUUCCAGCUGCGUGGUUGUCUGAUACCGUUGGCCGGCGGUAUACCAUGUUCGUCGGCAUAAGCCUCUUGAUAGCAGGAGCCGCAAUGCAAGCCGCGUCGCAUAACUUGGCCACUUUCAUUAUUUCCCGAUUCAUAGUCGGCUGCGGCGUUGAAUUCUCCAUUAUUCCGGCACCUGUUCUCAUCACUGAGCUUGCGUACCCCCCUCAUCGCGGGAAGGUCACUGGUUUGUUUCAAACAUGCUUCUACCUUGGAGCUAUCGCUUCUAGCUGGAUCACCUUUGGCACCUUCACGCUCAAGGAUUCGACGUGGAGCUGGCGCAUUCCAUCCUUGAUGCAAGCGUUCUUCCCGCUCGUGCAGCUGCUUGGACUUUUCUUCGUUCCGGAAUCGCCGCGUUGGCUGGUCUCUAAAGGCAAGCUGGAACAGGCGCGCUCUUUUUUCACAAAGUACCACGCUGGAGGAGACGACUCCCACCCGCUAGUAGAUUAUGAAAUGCAGUUGAUCACCGCCCAUCUCGAAGCAGAAGGAGAGGUCGCAGGUAUGGGAUGGUCUAGCCUCUGGAAGACGAAAGGAGAUAAGAAACGCCUUUUCAUUGCGGCAUUCACUGCCCUCAUACAACAGUGGUCCGGCAACGGUAUCAUCACGUACUACCUCGCCCUUGUGCUCGAUUCUGUCGGCAUCAAAGAUAGCUUCGAAAAGACUCUCAUCAAUGGUAUCCUACAGAUUUUCAACUUUUUAGCCGCUAUCUUCGGAGCAUUCUGCAUUGAUAAGCUAGGCCGGAGGACGUUGUGGUUGACCUCCUGCAUCUGCAUGCUGGCUUCGUUCUCUGUCUUCACAGCACUAUCAGGAGUCUACCUCGAGGGCAGUAAUCCUGUCUCUACCGGCCGGACAGUCGUUGCAUUCAUCUUCAUCUACUUCUUCUUCUAUGAUAUCGGAGUUACCCCGCUAUCGUUUGCUUAUCCCGUUGAAAUUCUCCCCUUCCACACUCGGCAGAAAGGUUUAGCCAUCACGAACAUGUUCAAUACGUUCGCGCUGGUGUUCAACGCGUUUGUGAAUCCCAUUGCAAUCGAGGCCAUUGCUUGGAAGUACUAUCUUGUAUACGUUGGCGUCUUGGUCGUCAUCACGAUCGUCGUGUAUCUGUUCUAUGCCGAGACGGCGGGCCGUUCGCUGGAAGAGAUCUCCGAGAUCUUUGAUGGGCCGAUCAUCGUUGCGAGCUUUUUCCAGCGACGCGAUAGACGCGAGAGUGAAGGCGGGCGCCGGUUUGAGAGUGGGGAGGAUGUAGACAAGGGGACUGUUGAAUACCUGGAGAAGGCGAAGAAGUGA